CCCUUUUUUACUUACGUUCUGCUUUAGAAUUUCUUAGUAGUCUUGAACUAAUGUGAUCAAUGCCUCUUUAUUAGUUUUGAUGGAGAUACAGAUCUUCCUCCUUCGAAGAAGGCGAAGAUUAGCUCCGAUAAAAUGGCGUCGACAAAAGAAAUAGUGCCCUUGUCAUCUGAAGAUGAACCAGUUAUUCCUCCUCCUUCGAGGAAAGUAGUGAGGAAGGUUAAAGCUUCUUCUACUGUUCCUUUGGCAAGUUCUAUUGUUCCACCAUCUUCGAAUGAUCAUGUGAGUGUUUUCCCCUUUUUUCAUUCUAAUAAUCCGUACCCGAUAGCCCCCGAGCCGAUAGUUGGCUGGUUGAAGCCGAGUGUUGGCUUUGAUAAUCUUGUGAUAUACUUUGACAAACUCUUUGCUUUAUCGUCACAACCUAUUCAUGCCGCAGUCGAUAUUGUGGUGGAUUUUGCUGAUCAAUUCAUUCGCAUGGAAGCGGAGAAUGCUCAUCUUCGCGAGGUUGCCAAGUCUUCGACUGAACAGCUUGAGAAAGCAAAUAAGCUGGCAACUGAAGCUCAAAAAGAAGCCGCAAGUUUGAAGGAGCUGAAUCUGCUGAAGGAAAAGAUGAAGGAGGAGGAGCAGCUGAAGUUCGAAGCUCAGGCCCAAGCAGACAAAAAGGAGGGCGACCUCCAUAAAUCUAUCGAGAGUCUGCUAGGUGCUGCCGACAUGCCUGUCGACCGUACCAACAGGCUUCGAGUAGAUUCUAUGUCGGAUGCCAUCUGCUUUGUCGUGGACUCCAGCGAACAAAUUCAGGAGCUCUUAAAGAAGACCAAGGAAGAUUUCUCAAAGCUAUUCUUGAUGAUGUUCCCUAAGCUGGACCAAGACAAAACUCUUGGAGAGCUCGUGAACACUUUCUUCGUCGACUCCGGCAGCACCAUCGAGGUACUGAAGCGUCGCUCUCGUCUUUAUGGAGUGCUUCUUGCGUUUCAGCUUUUGAUGGAGUAUGGAUUCGAGGCCGAUUUGGAGCGCCUGACUAAAGCACUGCCGAAGAAUAAAGAUGGCUCAACUGUCAAACUUGGCCUCUUCAAUGACUCGGCACGCAUAUGCGCAAGCCAGCUCCUUAAGUUAGUUGAAGACCAGAAGUAGAAAAGUGCAUCUGAUGCUGCCCCAAGUUCAUCCGCGCAAACUCAAGCGCUCUAAUUCCAUGAUACUUUUAAUUGUAAUUUGAACAUAUUAUUUCAAUUCGUUGUCUUGUAACGAAACAUACCGGCUUUGUUGCCAGCGCCUACUUUUGUGAUCACUCUUCUAAAUGAAGUGAUUUUGAUGCCUCCCGAUGGGAGUGUUUGAAUUUGAUAAA